AUUGAGAUGACAGUAAAUUAAAGUUUUUGUUACGGUCUUCUUGUAUUGAAAUCGUUCUUUUGCAAAAUCUGCAUCGUGUGAAAAAUUCUGGAAAAGAAGAGAUACAUUUUCUUCAAAGACAUUCCGAAUGAUCUGAAGAAGGAACAGCAUGAUAGGAAAAAUCCUCGUUUGUGUUUAUUUAGUUUUGGUUUCCAAUUACGUUCUUCCAACAGCUGCAGCUUCAGGUGCCUGUGACGGUACAGAAUUUGAACGGUGGUCCUCUGAAAAGAGAAUAUUAUUCACAGAAUUCAAAGCUGCAAAUGAAGGCAGUCCGUCAUCAUUAAACUGUUCAUGGCGUAUUAAAUCCGGAAAAACAAUGUACCUUGCUCUUAAUUAUCUAACAAUCAGAGGAGAUUGCUCAGAAUCUUAUCUAACUUUUACUUUUACAGAUAAUGUAACGACCAUAUGUAACAAAAAUAUAACGUCUGAAAUUCCACUUCACAUAUCAGAGGGUGAUGCUUCCAUUGUAUUCAAAUCGACUUAUGGUAGUUUUCCACAUGCAUUUAAAGUCUCCUAUAAAUCAUAUGUAGAAGUGGAGGAACCCUUUAGCAGCAAUGAUAGGGGAGAUAUCGGGGUGAUACUUGCUAUAGUCCUUGGUAUAGUGUUUCUUGGGUCAAUGUUUGUUGCUGCUACUUUUUGUACAAUGAAGCUUUAUCUGAGAUGCAAAAACAGGGAUCCAGAACCUUCUGAGAUGACGGCUAUCACGAACAUCCGCGCAGAAACAAUGAGAGCGAUUACAUUGAAAGACGACUUUGAUAUAAAACCAAUAUCAAGAUUAGUUAGAGCAAAAACCUCAUCGACAGAAAGAAUAUUGCAGACAAGAGAAGCUUAUGCUUAAUUUGUUUUGUGAACUACAGUGACAAUGUAAAGUAUUAUCACAAGGAUAAAAUACUGAACUUGUACCGAUGAUAUAACAAUCAUGAAAAUUAAAAGGUGAUAAGAG